AUGGAAGACCCUCCUUCAUACUACUGCAGCAACUUUGUCAGCAGCCCCACGCCCAGCGAGCAAGAGGAAUUCCUCUCACCGACAACUCUCUAUGUAGCUGGUCGCUUCAUUCACUCGGCUGGCCCCCCCGCGCCGCCACUAUACGAGCUCUCUCACUCGGUGGGCUUUCUCAAAGACACAGAUCGCAAUGUGCGCAUAGAGAGGCUGGACUACUCAGUGAAACGGCGAGAAGGCGAGGCCCAGAUUGCGGCGCGGAGGAGGCACAUUUAUGACUUGAAGCAUCCCGUACGAGUCACCUGCCCGACAUUCCCGUAUCAUGCAGAGCCCACAUCACGGAAGAGUCUCUGUACUUUUGGGCUGGAGAGCUUUCGGCCAAAGAAAUUGUCGUCUACCAGGGGCUAUCGCAUUCGCCGCGCAACACACUCGCUUGAUCAUCAGUUGGUACGCCGAAAUGUUCUCUUUUCAGCUGUUCCCGCCAGGGACAAAGCUGUUCGAUAUGAAUGGAGCGAUGCAGAAGGCCAGCUGGUAGCACGAGAGGUGGACAUGAGCGAUCUGAUGACAUUAGUGAUCAGUGCUAUGAUGAGUACUGGCGAGAGAGAUGCGCUGGUCUCAGCGUGGAUGUCAAGGAUAUGGGCUGAGCUUGCAAAAAAGCAGUGA